UUCAUUGUACAUUCGUUCAAUUUAAAAAUAAUAUAAAAUACUAAAAUGCCUUUUCGAAUCCUUCUUUGAUGAUUACAUAAUUACACAUUGUUUUGAAGUUACUUCUUAUUUGUAGUACUUAAUGAUAACAACUUGUGCAAGUGGUAUACUGUCAGUAUAUAACAGAAAACCAUGGCGGUGCUCUGGCAAAAAGGUUUCUAAAUGAACGUGUUCGUGGUCAACCUUUUUUGAAGAAAAUUUUGCAGACAAUGAUGACAAAGAUGAUGUUACUCGUCCUGCUAGUGUUACUAGGAGUUACUCACUCGCUGGAUAAUGGUCUGGCCAGAACUCCGCCAAUGGGAUGGAUGUCAUGGCAACGAUUUAGAUGCAACAUUGACUGUAAAGACGACAAAUAUAAUUGUAUAAGCGAGGAUCUGUACAUGGAAAUGGCGGACCACCUGGUGUCUGACGGCUACAAGGAUUUCGGCUACGAAUACGUCAACAUCGACGACUGCUGGGCGGCCAAACAGAGAGACAGCGACGGCAAACUCAGGGCGGACCCAGAGAGAUUUCCCAGUGGAAUCAAGAAACUCGCCGACUACGUUCACAGUAAAGGUCUCAAGCUUGGUAUAUACGGAGAUUUCGGAACCCUGACUUGCGGAGGAUAUCCGGGUAGUAAAUUUUACGAGGAACUGGACGCCCAGACUUUCGCUGACUGGGGGGUCGACUCGUUGAAACUGGAUGGUUGUUAUUCAACUAUAGAUGACUAUGCUGUUGGUUAUCCGUUGAUGGAGUUUUGGCUCAAUAAAACUGGAAGACCUAUAUUGUAUUCCUGUAGCUGGCCGGCCUAUGUCGUUUCUCACAAAAUACCCGACUAUGCCGCUAUAGCUAAGAGCUGCAACAUCUGGCGCAACUACGGAGACAUUGACGAUUCGUGGAGCAGCGUCACCGACAUCAUCCGCUUCUACGGCAACGACAUCGGCAACUUCAGCUCGUUCGCUGGGCCCGGCAACUUCAACGACCCAGACAUGAUCAUAGUCGGUGACUACGGUUUGAGCUUUGACCAGCAACAAGUCCAGAUGGCGCUAUGGGCAAUAAUGGCGUCACCGCUUCUGAUGUCUAAUGACCUAAGAAUUAUCCGAGCAGAAUCCAAAGCAAUCCUGCAAAAUAAGAUGGCGAUAUCAAUAAACCAGGAUCCACUGGGGAUACAGGGAAAGAGAGUGUAUAUGAACAAUAAGUUUGAAAUUUGGACAAGACCUCUGAAAGGUUCAAGAUUUGCUAUUGCCGCGGUGUAUUAUGGGACUGGAGGAGGACCAACAAGACAAAUGACGUCAUUAGGGAAGAUUAGAUUGACCAAUCCAAAUGGAUACAGCCUGACUGACGUGUUCACGGGCCAGCCUGCUGGAAUAUACAGCCUGAACACAACUUUAACUUUACGACCCAACCCGUCCGGCGUUUUGUUUUUCUUAGCUGUCCCACAGUGAGCCCAAUUACUGCAGUAGUCACUCUAUGCAGACCACUUGUCUACAGAGGACAACAAUAAAAUAAACAGACAUGAUACAGUUUGGCCUUUAAAGACAUGUGUAUCGACAAAUCAUAGGUUUUUUUUAACUGUCACCUCGAUAAACACGAAUAAUUUAACAAUUAACUUUCAUUUGUUCUGUCAAUCACAAAAGGUUUGACGUUUAUAAACUCAAAACUAAAAGAAACAUGAUUCAUCAAACACGAGUUCUCUUCUCGAGUGCCCAAUAAUCAGUUAGAAUUAUCUCCCUUUAACAUCAAAUUAUCUCCCUUUAACACCAAACUGAAUGGUCUAAUUAAUAACUAGUAAACUCUUUUACAAGUCACAAAACCACAAUACUGAACUGUGUAACAUGCUAGUCUCGGUCAGCCUCCAGAACUAAACAGUUUGUCUAUGGGCCUCAACAGAAUGUUUGACUUAGUUUUGACUUUAACUAUUCAGACAUAACCCCUCUUAUCACGUAUCACCUCUAACACACGUCCAAGUCAGUCCCCACGAAUUCCUGGGUGUAUUCUCCGCUACAAGAACAAUGUCUCCAACGCUAACGUUUCUCUUUGGUAAAAUCCAUUUGUGUCGCUCUUGGAGCAAAGGUAAAUAUUCUUUCUGCCAUCAACUCCAAAAUAAGUCUGCCAGGUAUUGCACCUGGCGCCAUCUGCGUUUUACAUAAUUGUCUGUGUUACUGAAGUUGCCCGGGGACAAAUGUUCACCUGGUUGUAGAAGUAAUGGGUGAUUAGGUGUAAGUGCUUCUAAGCAUCCUGGUUCGUUUGGCACUAUUGCUAGACCAUCGUCCCACAUCGAUUUUCACUGCUCUGGGGAUGAAUCCGUGGGAGAAAAAUAAAAAAUAAAUAAAAAAGGUUAUCAUCAACAACGUUUAUCUCCCUUGAUUUUAAAAACACACAUUCUUGGAGAUAGAGAUUGGGUAUUUAAUUUUAAUGAACUAAUUAAGAAAAUGAGGAUGUGAUUUACACAACAUCCCCGGCCAGUGCAAAUAAAAUUUUA